AUCAUAUUCACAUAAACAAAACACGAGUCUUAAUCAAUUUAGAACACAUCACUUACCACUCUCAAUACCCUCCACCUAUUACAGUAAUCCCACCGCUACCCAUCAUGGCCGACCAACCCCCCAUGGGCCGCGACUUCAUCGACGCAAAGAACGUCGACCCUAUCGACCACAAUGACCAAACCGACCCCGAAGACUCCGCUAGUCAGCCUCGUUUCCCCGGCCCCGGUUCGAGCACAACUGCCCCUUCUACUUCGAAGCCGCAUUCGAACAAGUUGUUGAACAAGCUGGAUCCGCGAUACGACAGUGAUGUUUUGGAGUCGGAGAAGCAGGAGAAGGAGAAGGUGCAGCGGAGGGGAUGGGAUUAAUCCUGCUUUGAUACUUGAUAUGUCAAGAUAGAUGGGAGGGAGAGAGGAGGAUGAUGGCUUAUGAUCAUGUAUACAUGUUUUCGAAUUCCGGAGAGAGAUGAUCUCCGUGAUAAUAUUAUGCUCACAAAUU